GUUGAUUGCAGCAGUCUGGGGACAGCAAUUAGACAUGCUAUCAAGAGCCAUCAAUAUGUUCAUACUCUUUGGUCUUGUCAUUUCUUCUGUCAAAAACUGUCCCUAUGAGGAAUAAGUAUGUGUGCAUGUAUGUGUAUAUACACUCAGAUACUUAAUAUUAUUUAAAUAUUUGGCAGUAUCCUAAAUUUCUAAUAACACUGAAAAUAAGACUGUAUGACUAUCCAAAAGAAUAUUUUGCUGCCUUGAAUAAUAAGAGCACUGCUUUUUGGCAGCAGUAGCCAUCUUUCAGUAACUCGCCAAAAUGACGAACACAAAGGGAAAGAGGAGGGGCACCCGCUGUAUGUUCUCCAGGCCUUUUAGGAAACAUGGAGUUGUUCCUUUGGCCAUGUACAUGCAAAUAUACAAGAAGGGUGAUAAUAUAGACAUUAAGGAAAUGGACACUGUUCAAAAAGGAAUGUCCCAUAAGUGUUACCAUGGCAAAACCAGAAGAGUCUACAAUGUCACCCCAGCAUGCCAUGGGCAUCAUUGUAAACAAGUUAAGGGCAAGACUCUGGCUAAGAGAAUUAAUGUGCAGAUUGAGCACAUCAAUUUUUCUGAGCUGAGGAUCAAACCCAGGGCCUUGAGCUUGCUAGGCAAGCGCUCUACCACUGAGCUAAAUCCCCAACUCACAUCAAGCACUCUUAAGAGCAAAGACAGCUUCCAGAAGUGGGUGAAGGAAAACGACCAGAAGAAAAAGGAAGCCAAAGAGAAAAGCACAUGAGUUCAGCUGAAGUGCCAGCCUGCUCCACCCAAAGAAGCACACUUUGUAAGGACUAACAGGAAGAAGCCUGAGCU